GCGUGUGUUGUUUUUUAUGACGCAAAGGUUUCUUGGGUUGGGUGUUUUUCGUUUGUAUAGUCAAACAAAUCCCGCGUUCCAAAAUGGGGGCGUCAAACCGUAGUACGCAAGUGGCUCUUUGCAUUUCCGCGAUUUCAUUUCUGCUUUUUAUUAUUGCGUUUUCAACCCCCUAUUGGUUGGUUACAGAUGGUCGUUUAGAAAAGCCACGCUUUACCAAUCUAGGGCUAUGGGAAGUGUGCUUCAACGAUUUUCAGGAUAUUCACCGUUUCUACGACAACCCUUUCAAUGGAUGCAUGUGGGUCUUUGAAGAGGAAUACUACAUCAUUCAUGAUUUUCUACUACCGGGAUUCUAUAUAGCGGUGCAGCUAUUUGCAACGCUGUGCUUCGUCAUGUGCCUUAUUGGCCUUCCCCUUACACUGGCCUUUUUACGGACUUCUCGCGACGAUGAUAGAUAUGUUGUGCUGCUACUGACCAUUGGAACUUGCCAAGUGUUGGGCUCAAUUUUCGGAUUUAUUGCCGUGGUCAUUUUCGGUGCCAAGGGAGACUCUCGUGACUGGAUGCCUGGAUGGCAGAACAAUGACAUGGGCUGGUCUUUCGCGUUGGGCGUGGUUGGCGCUGUGUUGUUGCUACCUGGAGGAAUACUUUACAUGAUUGAAGCUCGACGCGAGCGCUACAAGCGCCUCAACGAAAUAAGUAACCGAGAAGUUAGCGAAUAUGGAGAUGACUACUAUCAGCACCAGGCAAACGUCGCGACAACCCCCACUGCUCCAUCACCGUCUCAAUCUUACUUUGCACCAGAGCCAAGCCGCCCACGUCGUCCUCAGCCUGGACGUACACCAAACACCCAGCCACAGGGAGGAAUCCAAACAGAUAUAUAACUGUUAAAGAGGACUCAACUAAUCUAAACAUAUCAAUACAUUUUUAGUACCGUGUCUCGAUUAAUAAUAUUAGCUCGAUUAAUUCCAGCAA